GUCUCGGUCGCCGUUGGCCGCCCCGCCUCUAUCUCGUCUCAGAACAGUUAAAGAUGCAGCACGAUGAGGUUAUAUGGCAAGUUAUCAGACACAAUCACUGCAGUUUCAUGGCCAAAAUCGAGACGGGGAAGUUCUGUAGAAACCCGUAUAAUGUAACUGGUAUUUGUAACCGAAGCUCUUGCCCUCUUGCUAACAGUCGAUACGCCACCAUUCGAGACCACGAUGGUGUAUUUUAUCUAUAUAUGAAAACUAUAGAAAGGGCUCACCAACCAAACCAAUUGUGGGAAAGAGUUAAGUUGCCAAGGAAUUACGAGAAGGCACUUGAAAUUAUUGACAAACAUCUGAUGUAUUGGCCCAAGUUUUUGGUACACAAAACAAAGCAAAGGUUGACUAAAAUGACUCAGAUGCGGAUUCGCAUGAGAAAGCUUGCUUUGAAAACAAGGGAAAAGAUUAUGACAACACCGAGGAAGGAGAAGAAAAGAGAGGCUAGAAGACAGGAAAAAGCUGAAAAGGCAGCAGUUUUGGAUAAGAGUAUUGAAAAAGAAUUGCUGGAGCGCCUGAAGAAAGGGGUUUAUGGUGACAUAUAUAAUUAUCCUGCUGAAAAAUAUAAUGAGAUCCUUGAUAAGGAACAACUGGCUGCUAGUGAUUUGGAAGAUGACGAGGAGGAAGCUGAAAUAGAAUAUGUUGAAGGGUAUGAUGAUCUUGAAGAGGAGGAGGAUAUGGAAGAUUUUGGUGGUCUUGCAAUUAAUAAGUUCCAUACAGAUGAUGAUGAUGUUGGAGUGGAUGAAGAUGAUGAGGAAACUGUAGCAGUUGAUCGCAAAAGAGCGAGAAGAGAAUCUAACAUGACUUUGAGAAAGCUUGAGAAAGAUGAACCUGGUGCCAAACUAAAGAAGAAAGCAAGGGUACUUGUUGAGGUUGAGCAAGAAGAUGCGGAUAAGAGACAAGAAGCAGUCUGCUGAGAGUGUCAAGUGUAUUUUGCUU